AUGGGUCAGAAAUCGAAAGACACUUUGGCUGUACGGCCGCAGAGCCGUGGCCGAAGAUCUCCCAGUCGCUCGCCGCGGCCCAAAAAUCGCAAGCCUAUCCAGCCGCAACAGCCCGCAAGCUAUGCAUCAGACGGCGUUAAAGACUACGACAUCCUGAAUCUCCCCGCCUCUGACUAUAAACUACUCGUUCUGGUGACUCUCAUUGCCGGUGCCGUCCGCCUAUUUCGCAUCUACCAACCUACGAGUGUUGUGUUUGAUGAAGUACACUUCGGAGGCUUCGCAAGCAAGUAUAUCAAGGGGAAAUUCUUCAUGGACGUGCAUCCGCCACUGGCCAAGCUGCUGCUCACGCUGGCGGGGUGGCUAGCUGGAUUUGAUGGUGAAUUUGAUUUCAAAGACAUUGGCAAAGAUUACCUUGAUCCUGGUGUUCCUUAUGUUGCCAUGCGUUUGCUGCCGGCAAUUUUAGGUGUCUUGACUGUGUCAUUGAUGUUCCUGACGCUCAAGGCAAGCGGCUGUCGGUCUUCAACAGCGGUCAUGGGUGCCAGCAUUGUAAUUUUUGACAAUGCGCUCACCACUCAGUCCCGUCUAAUCUUGCUCGACUCUCCCUUAGUAUUUUUCACGGCGCUGACUGCCCUGUCGUUCACCUGUUUCUCGAAUCAACAGGAACUAGGACCUGCUCACGCCUUCCGCGGCCCCUGGUGGUUUUGGUUGGCUGCAACUGGUGUCUCUUUGGGUGCCACUCUAAGUGUUAAGUGGGUUGGUCUUUUUACCAUGGCCUGGGUUGGCGCCCUCACAGUCCUCCAGCUGUGGGUGGUGCUUGGUGAUUCAAAGAGCGUCACUCCUCGGUUAUGGUUUAAACACUUUUUCUCACGCGCCUUUUGCUUGAUCGUCAUUCCAGUCGCAUUCUAUCUCGCCAUGUUUGCCAUCCACUUCACCUGUCUGGUCAAUCCUGGCGAGGGAGAUGGGUUUAUGUCCUCGGAGUUCCAGGCUACCCUUAAUUCCAAGUCGAUGCAGGAUGCGCCCGCAGAUGUCUCCUUUGGAUCUCGUGUGAGCUUUCGUCACUUGAACACUCAGGGUGGCUAUUUACACUCGCACAACCACAUGUACCCAACUGGCAGCAAGCAGCAGCAGAUUACUCUCUACCCUCAUAAGGAUGAGAACAAUGUUUUCGUUCUAGAGAACCAGACCCAACCCCUGGGCCCUUAUGGAGAAAUACCUGGGGCAUUUGCCUGGGAUAACCUGACUGCUGCUGAUAAUUUUAUAGAGGAUGGUUCAGUAAUUAGACUAUACCACGAGCUCACCCAUCGAAGGGUUCACUCUCACGAUGAACGUCCUCCCGUGACCGAAGCCGAUUGGCAGUUCGAGGUAUCUGCAUAUGGAUACGAAGGAUUUCCUGGAGAUGCCAACGAUUUGUUCAAAAUUGAAAUCGUGCCAUCAAUGUCAGAGGGUGAUGUGGCUAAGUCGCGUGUCCGCACCAUUCAAACCAAGUUCAGACUGGUUCAUAUCAUGACUGGUUGUGUACUAUUUUCUCACAAAGUCAAGCUCCCAGAUUGGGGUUAUGAACAGCAAGAAGUUACAUGUGCGCGUGGUGGUACUCUCCCCAAUAGCGUUUGGUACAUUGAGUCCAACUCACACCCCACCAUGUCGCCAGACGCCGAGAAGGCAAACUACCGUAACCCUGGCUUCCUAGGCAAGUUCUGGGAGCUCCAAAAGGUGAUGUGGACCACCAACGCGGGCUUGGUUGAAUCGCACGCCUGGGAUUCUCGCCCAUCAUCCUGGCCCACUCUUCUACGCGGUAUCAAUUUCUGGGGGAAGGAUGCCCGCCAGAUCUAUCUACUUGGCAACCCCCUUAUCUGGUGGUCUUCCACCCUUGCGAUCGGCGUGUAUUUGGUUUUCAAGGCCAUUGCGAUUCUUCGUUGGCAGCGUAACUGCAAUGACUACCGCCAAAUCUCGUGGAAGCGAUUCGACUACGAGGUCGGUACCAUUGUCUUGGGGUGGUUUUUCCAUUACUUCCCAUUCUACCUUAUGGCUCGUCAGCUCUUUCUUCAUCAUUAUCUCCCCGCUCUCUACUUUGCUAUCAUGGUUCUCUGCCAAGAGUUUGACUUUGUUCUAAACCGUGUUAAGAUCUUUGGUUUCGCCUCUCGGCCCGCUCUUGGAAAGGCCCUGAUGGCUGGCUUUGUGAUUCUUUGUAUCGCCGUGUUCACCCUCUACUCUCCCCUCAUAUACGGCAAUCCUUGGACCCAAAGCGCCUGCCACAAGGCGAAGCUUUUGGACGGUUGGGAUUUCGACUGCGACAGGUUUCACACCGACCUGAGCCAGUAUCAUUCCCCUGUUUCAACUUUCAAUCAAACGAUUCCAACUACGUCCGCCCAUGCGCCCCCCGCCCAGUUGCAACAGAACCAGCCCGAGCACCCCCCGGUUCAACAGCCUGUUGAGGCCAUCCAGGACGAAGAAGAUCAGGCUGCUGUCACUUCCCCAAAACUUGCCGGUUCCAUGGCCCGUGUCGAGUACCGUGACCAGCACGGUAAUAUCCUACCGGAAGAUCUAGUCGCCUCCCUCCGCGCAGACGGCAAGGUGAAAUUUGAGACACGGUGGGAGUCUCAGUCACGUCUACAGCAUGCGCAUGAAAUCCCUAUAGUCGAUGGUCAACUCGCACCUCCUCACCCCGAUGUUGAAGGACAAAACCCCGAGACUGGCGGAAGCCCUGAAGAUUCGAUUCCGCCCGAGAAACCUGCCUCUGUUGCGCAGGGCAAUGAACGAUCCGCGGAGGGUUCUGGCUCCCCGGAAGCAAAACCUGCUAGUGAAGGCAAUGAGGCCACCAAGCUGUAA